UGAAACGGACGGGCGCUUGGCGCUUGUUUGUUUGGUUUAUUUGCAAAUAAAUCGACGUAAAAUGUGUUUAUAGUUCCUGUACCUGAAUAGUUUAAAUCUCGGAUACGUCCACGAGUAAAUUAUACAAAAUUUUCGCAGUCCCGUCUCUAAUGACCGACGAUAUCGACAUAUCUCGGAACAUGACGAGUACUGAAGCAGAUUCAUCUCAAACACACGGACACGAAGCUUCGUCAAGCGCAGCCUCAGAAGAGAAUGCCUCUAGCAGCAGCUCGGCGCAGGCCGGGGAGGGCCAGCAGUCCCGGCAGUCGAACCUGCAGCGCAUCCAGCAGCGCAAGCAGCAAGUCUACAACUGGCCACACAACAAGAAGCUGCUUAAGCUUGCUAUAUACUCCGCAUGCCAGACACCGGACUGCACCUGCAACGGUUGGAAGACCCCGGUGCCCCAGGCGGCUGUGAAAGGCAACACCCGCGCCGACAACCAACCACUAGCCAGCUUCAACGACCCCUGCCGGAACUGCAACCACAUACUGGAGAAGCAUGUAACCCAGUUGCAAGGGUUGCCGGUGAGCGAGGUGAACCGCCUGCUCGGGGCCGUGGUUGACGUUGAGAACAUCUUUAUGUCCAUGCAUCGGGAGGACGACCACGAUACCAAGAGGGUGUACUAUUACUUGUUCAAGCUUCUUCGUAAAUGCAUCUUGACUCGUACGCAGCCGCGCAUCGAGGGCCCACUCGGCCAACCUCCUUUCGAGAGACCCUCCAUCGCUAAGGCCAUCACCAACUUUGUGUUGUACAAGUUCAACUCGCUGCCCCAGAGGGAAUGGCAGACCAUGUACGACUUGGCUAAGAUGUUCCUCCACUGCUUCAACCACUGGAACUUCGAGGCGCCCAGUGUUAGGAAACUGCAAGUGUCAAACCCCGAGGAUAUUUCGGCAUAUCAAAUUAAUUACACAAGAUGGCUGGUGUUCUGCCACGUGCCAGCGUUUUGCGACUCUCUCCCGCACUACGAGACGUCGCUGGUCUUCGGGCGCACGCUGCUGCGCGCCGUCUUUAAGUCGGUCUGCCGCCAGCUGAUGGACAAGUGUCACUCCGAACGAGACCGCAUGCCGCCCGAGAAACGGGUAUUAGUCCUGACCCAUUUCCCCCGGUUCCUGGCGCUGCUAGAGGAAGAGAUUUUCAGCGCCACAUCACCAAUAUGGGACCCCGAAUUCAAACAGAUGCCACCAAACCACCUGCAAGCGAUUCUCGACAACAAAACGCCGGCGCGGCGCGGGGAGUUCGAGCGAGUGACACCAGCUGGCGACAGCAAAGAUGGCUUCACCACCGUCACACUAUCCUCAGGGUCGAUAAAACAAGAAGGCCUGAAGCGGGGGGCGGAGUCUCGCUCGGGCAGCGAGCCCGCGGGCGCGGCCAAGCGGCGCCGCGUGGCCGACGAGACCGGUGAAGACGUCAGCGAAAGAACGGUCGCUGACAUCGUGGCCACCAUCAACGACCCUAACUACAUGUGCGGCCCUGAUGCGUUGUUCCAAAUGCAAGCGCCUCGCGACGAAGCGGCCAAGCUCGAAGAGCAACGCAAGCUGAUCGAGUUCCACGUGAUCGGCAACUCGCUCACCGGGCCUGUCAACAAACAAACCAUGCUCUGGCUUAUAGGUCUUCAUAACGUGUUCUCGCACCAACUACCGGAGAUGACAAAGGAAUACAUAUCGCAAUUAGUAUUUGAUCCGAAACAUAAGACGUUGGCGCUUAUCAAAGAGGGGAGGCCGAUUGGUGGUAUCUGCUUUAGGACGUUUCAUUCUCAGGGUUUCAGCGAGAUAGUAUUCUGCGCGGUGACAUCCAACGAGCAGGUGAAGGGCUACGGCACGCACCUGAUGAACCACCUCAAGGACUACCACAUCCGGAACAACAUCCUGCACUUCCUAACCUUCGCUGACGAAUUCGCCAUCGGGUAUUUCAAGAAGCAGGGCUUCAGCAAGGACAUCAAGCUGCCGCGAGCGAUGUACCAGGGGUACAUCAAGGACUAUGAAGGCGCCACCCUCAUGCACUGCGAGCUCAACCCCCGCAUCGUGUACACGCAGUUCACGACCGUCAUACGCAAGCAGAAGGAGAUUGUCAAGAAACUAAUUGACAUGCGACAGAAAGAAGUUAGGAAAAUUCACCCCGGGCUCACGUGCUUCAAGGAAGGUGUCCGCAGCAUCCCCACGGAGUGCAUCCCCGGGCUGCGCGAGACGGGCUGGCGGGCUGCGCGUGCGCCGCACGAGCCCGAGCCCGAGCCCGACCUCGCCGCGCUCAGGAGCGUGCUGCACGCGGUAAAGAACCACGCGGCUGCAUGGCCCUUCCUGAAGCCUGUGGACAAAACUGAGGUUCCGGAUUACUACGACCACAUCAAGUAUCCCAUGGAUUUACGCACAAUGGGCGAGCGACUGAAGGCGCGCUACUACGUGUCCAAGAGGCUGUUCAUCGCAGACAUGACGCGCAUAUUCACGAACUGCCGGCUCUACAACUCUCCUGAUACGGACUAUUACAGGUGCGCGAACACUCUAGAGAAAUACUUCCACGGCAAGAUGAAGGAGGUGGGCCUGUGGGAUAAAUGAUCCGAGCUGAGCUACGACCGCCGCCUCGCGCAGCACCUGGCUGCGCAGACGCCGGCGGAUCGGAAGCCCACGCCCACUAUCUAAGUAUAGCACUAAAAUAUCAAUAGCUCUCGGUACACAGACGGCGGGCCGGGGCGCAGACGAGGUGCUAGUGCGGCGCUAGUAGUUGUUAAUGCACGCAAAGUAACACAGUGUAACUAGUUAUGCAGUGUAAGUAGUCACACAGUGUAAGUAGUCAGACUGUGUAACUCGUCACACAACGUUACUCGUCACACUGUGGGCGUCACAUCGCCAUCGCGCUAGUGCCCCGUCACGCCGACUCUGUGUCGAGAGUUUAAAGCCCAAAAUUCACCAAAGCGGAGAUAUCUCCGCUUUAUUCACUCCACUCCAUUGUGUGAAGUAAAUAACGAAAAUAUAAUAAUUACAUGUAAUACGGAGAGAUCAAUAUAAGAGUGGAGUUCGGGCUUAACAGUUGAAUAUGUGAGGUGUUUAAAACUAGUGGACUCUUGGUGAGACAGGACAUUAUGAGAACUGUUAUUAUUCGUGUAAAACAUACAUUUGUACAGAAAAGGUGUUUAAAUACGGAAAUGGCACUACAUGUAAGAUUAUAUUUUUAUUUAAGUGUGCCUAAGAAAUAGAAAUCAAUUUAGAAUAUAAAGAGUAAGCGAUUUGGAUUUUGACAGGCAUAACUGAGUUUUGGUUUGCUUAAACGCUUGUGUAAAUUAGCAAAGUAAAUUUAGUUGAAAUUCAUUAUUUAUUAUGAGACGAGAAAGGUCGUUUUUAGUUAAAUCGACGGAUCGAAUUAUCGAAAUAUUGUAUCCGCGUUUAAUAGUCAAAAGCCGUCGAUAUAAUUCGAGCGACAUACCGCCGAUACUGGUUUAACCCGGUAGAAGUCUUUGGUAUGUAGAUUUACCACUACUUACGCAUACAUUUUCAUAUUGUUAUAAUUGUAAUUGUACUAUGUUUGUCUCAUACGGUGGUAUUAAUAAACGAAUCUCAGCUGAGACUGCCCUCAAGAUCAUGCUCGAGUCUCUGUUUUUAUAUGAGAACUGUCACAUUGACAUGAUCUUGAGGGCAGUCUUGAAGCUGAGAUUAGUUUAU